GGAGGGGGAGGGGAAGGGGAAGGAGAAGAAAAGAAAAAACAAAGAUGCAGAUUCUGGCCCAGGAGGUCAUGGCCAGAAGGGAUGAAGCAAGCCUGGGGUCUCCUCUUGCCUUAUUGAACCCCUCUCCCCUCUAUCCCUUACUAUAAAAACCCUUUACACCAGGACACAAUGAGAUGGUGAUUUGAAGCAAAGGAGUCCCCUUCCUCUCCUCUGAGCAAGAUUUAAGUAGACCUUUCUUCCCCCACCAAAAUAAGUGGCCUUAGGUUUGGUCAGCAGCGGGGAGACCUGAGCAUAGGGACCUACACGGCUGAAACAGGCAGGGAUGCCACAUUUUCCCACAGGAAGCUCAAAGGCUGAAGUACAUGCAAAGGGAUGUUUGAACUCACCAUUUAAUAACUAGAAGGCUAGAAAUUAAAUCAACAAUGAGAAAUUCUUUAACACUUAUUAGACAGGCCCAAAUAGGCUUCUGAUGGAGUUGAUAGCUUGUGGGGGGAGUAGGGGAGGGGGGGUGAGACUCCAGGAAGCCAUGUGGGUGCCAGUGUGUGGGGUGCUGGGAGCCAGAUGUGGAUGCUCACCUUGGAGAAGCUGCUGGCAAUGGGCCAGCUGUCUGCACAGCCAUGUGGAAGGAUCUGAAAGCAUAGUGCCAAGAAGGGAAAUAAUGUGACCUGUCUACCAUCUCUCCAAAGCCACAUGUGUACUGUAUGCAUACAUAUAUGCCAUUUCCAUAAACGUGGGAAGCAAAACAUGGCAGUGUUACAGAAGACAAAUUUGUAGACGUUAAAGGACUUAGACUGGCCACCUGAUGGGGGAAGACAAUGGGAAUAAAAAAAGAUGAGUGGUAUUUCUAUACAUUUAUAGUAAACAAUCUGAAAAUAAAGUUGAGCAAAAUUCCCUUAUAGUAACUUCAAAAAGAAUAAAUUGUUUAUGAACAAAUUUAACAAAAGAAACAGAGAACAUGUAUAGUUAUGCAACUCAUAAGGAUGUUUUGGUCAGUGAUGAGUUGCAUAUAAGAUUGUGCCCCAUAAGAUUAUAAUAGAAGGGGCUGGGGAUUUAGCUCAGCGGCCCAGCGCCUGUCUGGCAAGCGCGAGGUUGUGAGUUCGAUUCCCGGUACUGGAAAAAAACCAAAAAAAAAAAAAAAUUAGUAAAAAGAUUAUAAUAGAGAUUGCUGGGUACUGGUUCUCCCUGUCAUUCCAGCACUAAGGGUGCUGAGGCAGGAGGAUUGAUGUGAGUCUGGGGACUACACAGUGAGUUCAUGGCCAGCCUGAACACACACACAAAAGAUUCCCUUUACCUGGUGACAAAGUUGCUGUAAACUUGUAAUGCAGCACACUUUCGUGUGUUUGUGCUUGUAUGGCUAUAAACAAAACUACUGUGCAGCUAUCUGUGUGAAAGUACAGCACGUGCAAUUAUGUAUAGAUGUAACAGUGAGAAUGACACUGAUUUAUGAAUUUUCUAUUGUAUGCUUUUUAUAUCGUUUCAGAAUACACUUUUUGUACAUUAUUUUUUAAAAAGAUGUCCCAUAAAAAGUGAUGCAGGAAGUAGCUUUGUGAGCUUGUGUCCCAUGUCUCUAGAUCUCAUUAAGAAGCCACAGUGAGUGGUUGAUUCACCCAUUCAGGUUUGUGUGAAGUUCACUCAGUGAUGCUCACUCAGUGAGGAAACUGGCUCAUGACAGUUCUCGUGUCCCUGUGGGUUAGGGACCCAUGACGGUGCCCUGCAACCUAUAAAACAGUGUCCAAGGAAAUUUAAGAAGAUCUAAAUAAAUGCAUAGAAAAUUCAUCCUCUCUUCCUUCUGUCAGGCUGGCAUAGCAAAUGCCACAGAUUGGGUAGCUUCAGUGGAUUUGUUUCUCACCAUUGAGGAGGGUUGGACACCUGAGAGGUCCUGGCUGAUGGAGUCUCUGAUGAGGGCCCCAUUCCUGGUUUGCAGGACGCCUCUUGCUGUGUCUUUACAGGGCAGAAUGCGAGACUUUCUACCUCUCCUGUCAUAAGGGCACUAAUCCCUUUCAGCAGGCUUUACCCUUAGUCCUAAUCACUUCCCAGAGGCCCUGCUCCAAACACCAUCACAUUGGGAAGUAGGGCUCAAUAGAUACAUUUUGGGAGGACAAAAUCAUUGAGUCCAUAACGCAUGCCACAAACACGUUCAUGGGUGAAAUUGGUGACAUCGUGAAGAUGGCAGUAUCCCAAAUGAAUCAACAGAUUCCGUGCCAUUCCUAUCAGACUCUCAGCUGGUCACCUAGUAGAAAUUGAUAAGCUGAUUCUGAAAUUCAAGUGGCAUUGCAAAGGACCACAACAGCCAAAAUAAUCUUGAAAAAAGAACAAAGAGGGAUCUUGGUGGAUGAAGGAGGGCCGUGAUAUGACAGCCUGUGUCCUGAGUCCUCUCACACUUACCCCAAAAGGAAUUUAUUACGUGGUCGUGUUUGAGACACCAAGGAUCCCCAUAACCGAGUGUGUUACUGUUACAGGUUUCAUGCAAGUGGUGGUGCAAGGAGGGAUGCAGACAGUAUGCCUGAAUGACAAUGUCACCAUCUCCUGCGAAGUUCCUGGCUUCCCAAUGCUGGACCCCAGUUCUGUGGGCAUUAGGUGGUAUCAGAAGGAUCCAGCAUCUGAAGCAGAGAACAAGGUGCUGGAGUUAUAUGGUGAUAGUACAAACAUUAUGCGAACUGGGGCCAAGGUGUCUCCAGAAAGGCUGCAGUGGGGCGACGCCUCACUGCAACUGCCUGGGGUCCAGCUGCAGGAUGCAGGAAAGUACCUGUGCCAGGUGGUGGUCCCCCCUCAGUUGGCAGAAGCAACAGUCUCACUGGAAGUUCUGGCUAUGCCAACCAGCAGAGUGUUUUUGGAGCAAACCAUGGAGAAAGAUAAAGACACAUACCUUGUGUGUCAGUCCAGUGGGUUCUACCCAGGAGCCAUUAACAUAACAUGGGAGAAGUUGCCCCAGAAGUUUCCCCAGUACCAAAGGAUUUCCACAGACAUCUGCACUGGUCUCAUCCUCAAGAAUGAGGAUGGUACGUAUAGCAUCACCAGCUACUUGAAACUCAAUGCCUCCCUGGAAGACAAUGGAACCAUCUACUCUUGUGUGGUGUCGCACACAUCCUUGCACACCUUCCAGAGGGUGAACUACACACUGCUUGUGACAGAGGCUAAGAAGAUAGAUCGCUCCCGGAUCUUUAUUGUUCCUUCUAUUGGACUGAUUUUAAUAGUGAUUUUCUGUUAUUGUGUUUGUACAAGGUGCUCUUCCUAUAAACAAAUACCGAAGAAUGACAUUGAAACAGUGUUGGGAGUGGACAUGGAAGCUACUCUUGAGGCCAAAAGACCCUCUGAGAUAGGCCACCCUGGGACUCAGAGGAGCCAGCGGGAGUCAGUGCCUCUAUGGAACAAAGAUCCCAAGCGUCGAGCAGUCUCCCAAAUUCAGCGGGUUAUGGAGCAUUUGUCACAUUCACAGCAAGACAGAGGGGAGCUCACCCAUGGCGUAAACUGGAAGCUGGAUGCAGCACGGAUGGUGCAGAAUCUUUGUUCUACCCAGCCACCAUGCCAAGAGAACACAGGCAUCCUCAUGGGUAGGACUGGAACUCUCCAGGAUCUGGAGGCCGAGCACUGGAACUCACCAUGACCCAGGGACCAGUACAGCUGGGAAACCAAGAGGUGCAUUCUGGACAGGCAGAGUGACAGUCACAGAUAGUUGGAGAGCCCGAGCAACAGCUCUGCAAAGAGCAGUACCUGGGACAGAGGCAAAAGCAUCCAGCCAGGAGGCUGAGCCAAAGAACAGCUGGAGGCUUCACUGUUCAUGCCAUGGGGACUUUAGAACAAGUAACAUGUGCUAAUCUUAAGGUUUACAAACAUAAUUUUAUGAUAAAAAUAUAUUCUUGAAAGGG